AUGUCUAAACCCGUGUUACGCAAACCUGUCACAGUGACAGGUGUUGAUAAUGUUAAGCAUAUUUCCUGUGUGACAUCCGUCCAUGUCUGGAUCAGCGGUAAGGAUAAACUCAUCCUGACAAACAUAGCAGGGGACACACUUUGUUGUUUAGAUGCACAUACAAAUGAUUUUUGUGGAGCACACACUGUGAACAUUACAGGUGAUCUUACCUAUAUAGACAGUGAUAAACUAUCUAAAGGUAAUGCAUCAGAGUCUGUUCUCAUAAAGAACACAGGACAAUGGGUACCGUGGUGUGUCUACUGCUCCCCAUCGAAUGGAGAUCUACUAGUCGGUACUAUGUAUAGACGGGAUGAAGAUACAGGUAAAAUACAGCGUUACAAUAACACAGGACAAAUUAUACAGACCAUACAGCACGACAACAACACAGGUCAGGGACUGUAUAGAGAACCUAUCUACAUCACAGAGAACCUCAAUGGAGACGUUAUUGUGUGUGACUAUUUCCGUGGAGUAGUAGUGACGGAGCGGGGGGGGGGGGGAAGACAUUGCUUCACCUACACGGGAACUAUAAAAGGACCACGAGUAUCACCAUUUGAAAUUUGUACAGACAUGCUGUCACACAUCCUGGUAUGUGAAGUAAUUGGUGUGCAGAUGCUUGACAACGAUGGUAACUUCCUUAUGUGGUUACUGAAGAGACAACAAGGAGUAAACUGGCCAUGUGGCAUUCAUUUUAAUAAUAAAACCAACCUUCUCUGGGUUGGAUAA